AUGAGGUGAGAUACUCCGAGGAGGGACAGUAGUACCGGGACGGUCAUAGCCCCAAUUACCUAGAUCCUGAGGAAUACUGCUACACUUCUGUUCAUUUGUAAGUGAUUGAGGCGUAAUGUCUGCUAAAGCCAUCUCAGAGCAGACAGGCAAAGAAUUCCUGUACAAAUACAUAUGCACCACAGCCGCUGUGCAGAACCGCUUCCGUUUCGCCUCCAUCACCGCAGAGACUGACUGGGAGCGACUCACACAUGACCAUCCAUGGCUCCUCACUGAGCGACUGGUUGUGAAGCCUGAUCAGCUGAUUAAGCGCAGGGGAAAGCUUGGAUUGGUGGGCGUGGACUUAGACCUGCAAGGUGUUCAGGACUGGCUGAAACCACAUCUGAUGAAAGAAACCACAGUUGGAAAGGCGAAGGGCAUCCUUAAGAACUUCCUCAUUGAACCAUUUGUGGCCCACUCGCAGGAGGAAGAAUUUUAUGUGUGCAUAUUCGCUACACGGGAGGGUGACUAUGUGCUGUUCCAUCAUGAAGGCGGGGUGGACAUUGGAAAUGUGGAUGCCAAAGCACAGCGCCUACUAGUGGGAGUGGAUGAGAAACUCGGCGUGGAUGCAGUUGUCAAGCAACUACUAGUACACGUUCCUGAUGGGAAGAAAGGGGUUCUGGCUAGCUUCAUUGUGGGCCUCUUUAACCUGUAUGAAGACCUGUACUUCACAUACCUGGAGAUUAACCCCCUCGUCGUCACCCAGGGUGGAGUGUACGUUCUUGACAUGGCUGCUAAACUUGAUGCCACAGCCGACUUCAUCUGCAAGCCUAAAUGGGGAGAUGUGGAAUUCCCCCCUCCAUUUGGGAGAGAGGCUUACCCUGAGGAGGCCUACAUAGCAGAUCUGGAUGCUAAGAGUGGCGCUAGUCUCAAACUCACCAUCCUGAACCCAAGAGGGCGGAUCUGGACCAUGGUGGCAGGAGGUGGAGCCUCAGUUGUGUACAGUGACACCAUAUGUGACCUGGGUGGAGUGGAUGAGCUGGCCAACUAUGGAGAAUACUCUGGUGCACCCAGCGAACAGCAAACGUACGACUAUGCCAAGACCAUUCUCUCCCUCAUGACCCGCGAGAAACACCCAGAUGGCAAAGUCCUGAUCAUUGGGGGCAGUAUUGCUAACUUCACCAACGUGGCUGCUACCUUUAAAGGCAUCGUCAGAGCCAUUAAGGACUACCAGGGCCCUUUGAAAGAGCACGAGGUCUCCAUCUUCGUGCGGCGUGGAGGACCGAACUACCAGGAGGGGCUCAGGGUGAUGGGAGAAGUAGGAAAGACCACUGGGAUUCCUCUUCAUGUCUUUGGCACAGAAACACAUAUGACUGCUAUCGUUGGGAUGGCACUCGGCCACCGACCAAUCCCAAACCAGCCUCCUGUAGCUGCCCACACAGCCAACUUCUUACUGAACUCCAGUAGCAAUGCUGCAACUCCAGCAACAACUAGAACAGCUUCAUUCUCUGAACACAAACUGGCCAAUGACAUCACACCUGCCAAGAAGGCAAAGCCAGGAGUUCCACCAGUGCGCCCUCUUUUCAAAAUGUGCUCUGUGAAGGGUGCACUCAAUAGAUAUGGUACAGAACCUCAGAGCACAGCUGACAGGAGCAGAGUGAAGGCCACCACUCUGUUCAGUAGCCACACUAAGGCAAUUGUGUGGGGCAUGCAGACCCGGGCAGUGCAGGGCAUGAUGGAUUUUGACUAUGUUUGCUCUAGGGAAGAGCCCUCUGUAGCUGCCAUGGUCUACCCCUUCAUUGGGGACCACAAACAGAAGUUUUAUUGGGGUCACAAGGAGAUCUUGUUGCCUGUCUAUAAAAACAUGGCUGAUGCCAUGAGGAAGCAUCCAGAAGUGGACGUUCUCAUCAGCUUUGCGUCUCUUCGUUCUGCCUAUGACAGCACCAUGGAAACUAUGCAGUACCCACAGAUCCACACUAUAGCUAUCAUAGCUGAGGGCAUUCCUGAAGCACUGACACGCAGGCUCAUUAAGACUGCGGAUGAGAAGGGAGUCACCAUCAUCGGACCAGCAACUGUGGGUGGUAUUAAGCCCGGUUGUUUUAAGAUCGGUAACACGGGCGGCAUGCUGGAUAAUAUCCUGGCAUCUAAGCUAUACCGUCCAGGCAGCGUGGCCUACGUGUCCCGCUCCGGGGGUAUGUCCAACGAGCUCAACAACAUCGUCUCCCGCACCACAGAUGGAGUCUACGAGGGUGUGGCCAUUGGCGGAGACAGGUACCCAGGGUCCACAUUCAUGGACCAUGUUCUGCGCUACCAGGACACUCCAGGUGUGAAGAUGAUCGUAGUUCUCGGCGAGAUUGGGGGAACAGAGGAGUAUAAAAUCUGUCGGGGUGUCCAGGAGGGGAGGAUCACCAAGCCGGUUGUUUGCUGGUGUAUUGGAACCUGUGCCACCCUUUUCUCCUCUGAGGUGCAGUUUGGCCAUGCGGGAGCAUGUGCUCACCAGGCUUCAGAGACUGCAGUGGCUAAGAACCAGGCUCUGCGUGACGCUGGCGUGUUCGUGCCCAACAGCUUUGAUGAGCUGGGUGACAUCAUCAGAACGGUGUAUGAUGACCUGGUAGCCAGUGGGAAUAUUAUUCCAGCUCAGGAAGUUCCUCCACCAACAGUACCAAUGGACUACUCGUGGGCCAGGGAGCUGGGUCUGAUCCGUAAGCCAGCAUCCUUCAUGACCAGUAUCUGUGAUGAGAGAGGCCAGGAGCUCAUCUACGCUGGAAUGCCCAUCACUGAGGUCUUCAAAGAGGAGAUGGGAUUGGGUGGUGUGCUUGGUCUGCUCUGGUUCCAGAGGAGGUUGCCUCGCUAUGCGUGCCAGUUCAUUGAGAUGUGUCUGAUGGUGACGGCAGAUCAUGGCCCAGCCGUGUCAGGUGCACACAACACCAUCGUGUGCGCUCGUGCGGGCAAAGACCUCGUCUCCAGCCUCACAUCUGGACUGCUCACUAUCGGAGACCGCUUUGGUGGAGCUCUGGAUGCAGCUGCUAAACAGUUCAGUAAGGCCUUUGACAGUGGCUUGUUGCCUAUGGAGUUUGUCAACAAGAUGAAGAAAGAUGGCAAACUCAUUAUGGGCAUUGGACACAGGGUCAAAUCGAUCAAUAACCCUGAUAUGAGGGUGCAGAUCCUGAAGGACUUUGUGAAACAGCACUUCCCUGCUACACAGCUUCUGGACUAUGCCCUUGAUGUAGAGAAAAUCACCACUUCCAAGAAGCCAAACUUGAUUCUAAAUGUGGAUGGUUUUAUUGGAGUGGCAUUUGUGGACUUGCUAAGAACAUGUGGAGGGUUUACACGAGACGAGGCAGAUGAGUUUGUGGAAAUCGGAGCUCUGAAUGGGAUCUUUGUGCUAGGACGCAGUAUGGGCUUCAUUGGUCACUAUCUGGACCAGAAACGGCUGAAGCAGGGUCUGUACCGCCACCCCUGGGAUGACAUCUCCUAUGUGCUGCCUGAGCACAUGUCUAUGUGAUCUGGUAACCAUGGAAACAACCAUGUUUGGACCACCCUCCUGCGGUCUUUCUUUAGGUCUUUUCUUUUUUUCUACGCAAAUGAGAAAUCGGGUCUGUUCUGGAAAACGGUUGCUACACCUGGGUCAUAUUAUUUCUGACUGAAAUCCAGAGGCCGAAAUGGUGAAGUAGCUGUUUACACUGCUAUGGUUACAUGGGGAACUCCUUGUUUAAUUUUCAAAUCUUAGAAAUUGGAAGGAACCCAUUAAACUCCCUUGUGUUCAGAUACUGCAAAAAAUACAAGCACCACCUAUUUGAAAAUUAAUCAGGAAGAGGGAGAACUUCAAAUCACAACUUGGUGUAGUGGUACUGCAAUGUUACGAUUUGACAAGCUUAUGGUAGAGUGGCUUCAUUUCAGUUUCACUUGAUAAAUGUUUCUGUUCAUUCAGUUAACACUAAAAUUCACCUGCAGCUGUUUCACUGAAUAAAACUUGUGAUGUGUAGUUGUGAUUGCUAACAUUACUCUGGCUCUAGUUAGGUACAUGAUGUGGUGUUGAAACAUGUGACCUAUGUCUUACUGCCUCAAAAGCAUCUCUGCAUACUUCUCAUUUAACUCAGAAUAAUGCUACAAAACUUAUACCGUCAACAGCUUCUACAUUGCUGGUCCUAUUGUGAACUGGAAGAUGUGUCUAUUUGACAAUGUGCUGCAUUUUUGCUUUGAUAGCACCUCUAGCUACUGUUGCACAUCUGUGUUGUGAGAAAAGGGUGAAUCUGUCUUACAACAGAAUUACAAUUUGGAGGAAAUAGGGUUAAAUUUAAUCCAACAGUCUGAAUGUUCAAGUAUUAAAUACCAAGCUGGGUCAUGAUCACCAGGGCAUUCAGUACAGCACUUUAAAUUGCACAGAAUGGUGCACAUGGAAGGUUGGCUUACACUGACAGACUUGCAAGACUGUUGGUUUAAAUACAAAAAGGAAAUUCAUGGCGUUAUUCCCGAGGUGUGUACGCAUGUUUGCAUGCGUGACUGUUUAUUGGUCAUAGAACACUUAGCUCUUCCUCCUCUUUAGAGCAGCACUGUUUUAGUUAUGUCUGACUUCUUAUUUUGGGGAGACUGGGUUCUCCACGUUAUGAAUUUGUUUUUAUGUUUGACUCCAUACAGUUAUUUAAAUCUGAGUUUAAGUAAAUGCUUUUGUUUUUGGUUUUUAAUCUAAACUGUAAAAUUGUUGAGAAAUAAAAGCUCUUUUCUUGUCUGA